UUUUACCAGCAUGGACUCUGAUAGAUCCUUGUCUGGUACGCCGGGUACACCUGGAAGCAAUAUGAGCACAUCUAGCUCUUUGGCUCCUGGCGAUCGUAUUAUAUCUGUUAAAUCCUCUAUUGAUGGUAUUGGUUGGGACCCAGAGCAACGUGAAAGGCUCGAAGAAUAUGUAGUGACAGUCCACAACAUCACUACACACGCAUACUCACUCUCAAAGCGAUGUAUCAAUCGUGAUUUUUUUGCAGAGGUCUGGCUCAAACUGACUCGGUAUGCACGAGGAAGGGCUGGCGGAAGAACUGGGGCGACUCGUGCAUUCAUUGACACUUAUCUUGAUGACUAUUUGGAGGUCACUGGUUUUGUUCCACCAGAUUUCCGUUAUGGUCAGCAAGCAUCUUUAAUCGAAGGAGCAAAGAUCUUUACAUCUUAUAGCAACAAUGUUCAGAUGCGUUUGGGAAGUCAUCUUAGACAAGCUGUUAAUCAUCUACUUCGUAUUCGACAAAGAAAAGCCGAAUUAAUUGCUUAUAGAAGACGUGAAGGAUUAAUUGAUGCACUGAUAAAAUCUGAAGUAUACAGAGAAAUAACUGAGCCGGCGACAAGAUUCAAGGAACUUAUAGCUAGAAGGUUACCUCAAGAUUUUGUAUUGGACGGAGAGCAGUUCGGGGACCCUAUCUACAAUAACGCUCUUGAAAUUCUUCGCCCUGUCCUUACCAGUUAUCCCGUUGACUACCGGUUUCGUGGGAAUAGCAUUUAUUAUGAUUCCAAAGCAAGACCAGUUGAGCAUAUGCGAGCUUUUUACGAACUGGCUUUAUCAUUUAUUGAUAUAGAAUUACCUGUGUUUAAUUGCUUCCCAUUAUGA